AUGGCGACCAACCCGAAUGCGAACUACAGCAUCAACGUGAAUGACCCAGGGCUGAUUACACUUGUAAAUAAGCUCCAGGAUGUUUUUACAACUGUAGGAGUUCAAAACCCCAUAGACUUGCCACAAAUCGCCGUCGUAGGAUCGCAAUCCAGUGGAAAGAGUUCUGUGCUCGAGAACAUUGUCGGACGAGACUUCUUGCCCCGAGGAACCGGUAUCGUGACGCGAAGACCGCUCAUUCUACAACUCAUCAACCGCGCGGCCGGCUCACAAACCAAUGGCGUCAGCGAAGAGGCCAAGUCGGCCAGCGAACAGAACAACGCCGACGAAUGGGGCGAGUUCCUGCACAUCCCUGGCCAAAAGUUCCACGACUUCAACAAGAUUAGGGAAGAGAUUGUACGGGAGACGGAGUCAAAAACGGGUCGCAAUGCGGGUAUCUCACCAGCCCCCAUCAACCUGCGGAUAUACUCGCCUAAUGUGCUGACCCUGACGCUGGUCGAUCUACCGGGUCUGACGAAGGUGCCUGUUGGAGACCAGCCGAGGGAUAUCGAGCGACAGAUCCGAGAGAUGGUGCUCAAGCAGAUUAGCAAGUCCAACGCCAUCAUAUUAGCCGUCACCGCGGCGAAUACUGACUUGGCCAACUCGGACGGUCUGAAGCUGGCACGAGAGGUCGAUCCAGAAGGACAGCGGACAAUCGGUGUAUUGACAAAGGUCGAUUUGAUGGAUGAUGGUACCGAUGUUGUCGAUAUUCUAGCUGGACGGAUUAUCCCCCUUCGAUUGGGUUACGUUCCUGUUGUCAACCGAGGGCAGAGGGAUAUCGAGAAUAAAAAGGCGAUUUCCUAUGCGCUCGAGCACGAAAGGCAAUUUUUCGAAAACCACAAGGCAUACCGUAAUAAGGCUGCCUACUGUGGAACACCCUAUCUAGCGCGCAAGCUGAAUCUGAUCCUCAUGAUGCACAUCAAGCAAACGCUUCCUGACAUCAAGGCACGCAUCUCGUCUUCGCUGCAGAAGUACCAGGCAGAACUCGCGUCGCUUGGGAAUUCCAUGCUGGGAAGCAGUUCGAAUAUUGUCCUCAACACCAUCACAGAGUUUACAAACGAGUAUCGGGGGGUUCUUGAGGGUAACAAUCAAGAGCUCUCAGCGACGGAGCUGUCAGGUGGUGCUCGUAUCUCUUUCGUUUACCACGAACUAUAUGCGAAUGGUGUCAAGGCCGUGGAUCCAUUCGACCAGGUCAAGGACGUCGACAUCCGUACCGUCUUGUACAACUCUUCCGGUUCCUCACCAGCGUUGUUCGUUGGCACCACUGCUUUUGAGCUCAUCGUCAAGCAACAAAUCAAGCGACUAGAAGAGCCCAGUAUCAAGUGUGCUAGCUUGGUGUAUGACGAGCUGAUUCGCAUCCUCGGCCAGCUCCUCAGCAAGACGUCGUUCCGAAGAUAUCCUGGACUCAAGGAGAAGCUCCACGCUGUGGUGGUGGCCUUCUUCAAGAAGGCCAUGGAGCCAACCAACAAGCUCGUCAAGGAUCUUGUGGCCAUGGAGGCUACCUACAUCAACACUGGCCACCCCGACUUCAUCAAUGGCUCGCGAGCCAUGGCCAUUAUCCAUGAGCGACACAAUAGCGCUAAGCCGCAGCAAGUAGACCCCAAGACUGGCAAGCCACUACCGCCCUCGGUACCUCCGCGGUCGAUAUCACCGUCGCUGGGAGAUCCCAACGGCGAGGGUGGGGGUUUCUUCGGCUCCUUCUUUGCUAGCAAGAACAAGAAGAAGAUGGCAGCGAUGGAACCUCCGCCACCCACUCUCAAGGCCUCUGGUACCCUUUCAGAGAAGGAGACGCAGGAAGUGGAAGUCAUCAAACUGCUCAUCACUUCCUACUUCAACAUUGUGCGUCGAACGAUGAUCGACAUGGUCCCUAAAGCCAUCAUGUUGAACCUGGUGCAAUGGACAAAGGAGAACAUGCAAGGCGAGCUCCUCACCAACAUGUACAAGACGGACGAACUCGACGAUUUGCUCAAGGAAUCAGAGUACACCGUCCGGAGGCGGAAAGACUGUCUGCAGAUGGUGGAGAGUCUAUCAAAGGCACAGGAGAUUGUGAACCAGGUGCAGUAA